AUGUGGCAAUCUCAACCUGAAUCUCGUGCUCCCGAGCGGAUGAGGAUAUCGGAACUAUUAAGCGACGAACCGAGAACCGAAGAGUCGGGCUCCUCUAAGGCGCCAGAGCGUAGGAAAGCUCCCACCGCCGCCCCUUCGACGUAUAAGUUAAAGGUCCGCCAGCAACCGGUUGCUGCUAGGUCUUGUGGUUUUGGCGAGAGGGAUCGCAGAGUUAUUGAUCCACCUCCAAUAGUCCAGGUAUUUAUCGAAGACGCCGAGGCCUCACAAGAGGAAAUUCGUGCCCAACUCAAGUUCCGAUUCUCGGUCAUGCAUUGUACGAUAUGGAACGAGACAGGUGACCAAGACUGCUCGGGUAUGCCAGACGACUAUCGACAGCAGCGAAGACUCAUGGGAACGAUAGUGUCAUCACCCUUCGUCGGAUUUGACGAAAAUAACGAAGAGGGAUGCUUCUUCUGUUUCCCUGAUUUAUCCUGUAGGACUCCUGGUACCUUUAGGCUGAGAUUUAGUCUGGUGGUUCUAGACCCAAAUUCGAUACCCGGGUCAAGAACCCCAGUAUGUGCCAUCGCCAUGAGCGAUGUAUUCACAGUUUAUAACGCCAAGGAUUUCCCGGGAAUGCGAGCAAGCACGGCCCUAACGAAGAGGUUGAAGGAGCAAGGAUGUCUUAUUUCUAUUAAAAAGGGAAACGAGAGGAGUCAUGCACGCGACGAUAGCGAAGAGGAAGAGGAAGAUGACGAUGACGGUGGGAGUUCGGCACAACGACGAGUGAAGCGGACUAGAAAAUCAUGA